AUGGCGAUCCAGCGUAUCGCCAGCCAGCAACAGCUCACUCCGGCACAGUUUGACUUCUACACCUACACGCAGCUGAAUGCCACCCUGGAGAAGGUGUUCUUCCCCACCAACAAUGAGGCCGUCCAGGCUCUGUCCUUCUGGGGCGUGUACGCCGCCGGCUUCGUCGUCAGGCCCAUCGGCGCCCUGAUUUUUGGCCACAUCGGCGACACCAAGGGCCGCAACCGCUGCCUCCUCAUCUCCAUCUGCUGCAUGGCCUUCGCCACCAUCGCCAUCGGCGUGCUGCCCACCUACUCUGUCGCCCCCUACGCGGCCGGCGUCGCUGCUCCUGUCCUCCUGGCGCUGUGCCGCAUCCUGCAGGGCAUGGCCAUGGGCGGCGAAUUUGGCUCCGCCGUCAUCUACAUCUCUGAGCUCGCCCCCAAGGACCGCCGUGGGGCGUUUGUGGCCACCCUGCAGAUGAGCGUCAACAUCGGGAUGAUGCUCGCCACCAUCCUCGUGAUGCUGCUGCAGAACACCCUCACCCCCGACGCGAUGCUGGCCUGGGGCUGGCGCGUCCCCUUCCUCUGCGCCUUCACGACCGCGCUGCUGGGCGCCGCCCUGCGCAGCACCAUGCCCGAGCCCAAGGCGUUCCUGACCGCAGCGCGGCUGGCCAAGCUGCGCGCCGAGGCUGACAGCGACGGCGACGUCGCGUCAAAGGACGCAGGCGCCCACCCCCCUUCCGCCAAGGAUCUGGAUAUUGAGGUUGCCACCGAGGCCGGCACAACCAAGGGGGAUGGAGAGGUUGAUGGUGACGAGGGAGACCGCAGCGGCGCCCUGGCCAAGCUGGAGGAGAUCAGCGAGCGUCUGCACGGCCACAGCGACGCGAAGACGCCCAUCGUGCGCCUGCUGCGCAACAACGCGCUCGGCGUGUUCCUGAACAUCUGCUACAUGGCGAUCUCUGGCGCCUUCUACGUGACCGUCAGCUGGCUCGCCAAGGACCUGCGCACCUACGGCUACUCCCUCAUUGUCACCCAGGGCAUCCUCAUCGUCUCCCUCGUCCCCAACGCCCUCGGCCUCCUCACGGGCGGCAAGCUCAUCGACGCCGGCGUCCCCGCCAUCCAGCUCAACGCUGCAACCGUCGUGAUUGGCACCGGCCUCGGCUUUGCUGUGUACCCCUGCGUCGGUUACUCCGUGGCGCACGCGUGGGGCCUGGUGUCCAUGUUCCAGUACAUCAUCGGCAUUGCCAUGGCCAACGUCGGCAUGCCCUGCACCCGCAUCUACGAGCCGCUGUCGCGCACCACGGGGUUCUCCUUCUCCUACAAUUGCGGCUACGGUAUCAUUGGCGGCCUGUCGCCGCUGGCCGUCGCUGCCAUCAAGGCCAACCUGCCCGGCCACGCCUUCACCUUUGCCCCUGCGAUCUGGCUAGCCUGCCUGGGCGGCAUCUCUAUCGCCGGUGUCAUUGGCCUCACAAUCUACCAGCCCCGCCUGGCCAAGCCCCACGUUGGCAAGAUUGAGUGA